UAUUGCCCAGCAUUCGGUCAUCUCCAAACUACUUUGUUGUUUCAUUGUCCAACUUGUUUUCCAUCCUGAUUUCCACCCUGUUUUCCAUCCUGCAGAGUGCAAUGGCCAUCCUGAUAUUAAUUAGUAUUUUACUGUUGUCUGCACCAGCUGCAUCUGAGAAUGAAGUCACUGGGAUUAUAGGAGAGUCUGUUCUCCUGUCCUGUGACCUGAAAUCAUCCACGGCCAUCGACACAGCAAGACUCCGGUUCCAUUGGCAAGAUGAGUCCGAAAGAGUGUUGUACUCGUUCAACAUAGGAGAAGAGAAUCAACAUCAGGAUAGCCUUUACACAAACAGAACUAAAGCCUUUCGGUCUGAGAUGAGUUCUGGGAAUAUCUCUAUCAAACUCAACCACGUAACACUUGAAGACAAGCAGAAGGUCUACAGGGCUUUCGCUACACUGUUUGGCGAGGAUGAUAAGCAUAUCCACCCGUGUCGCACUACCCUACUUGUGGCAGCACGGUUCCCGACACCCAGUGUGACUGUGAACAAGACAAAUAUGAAUUCCACGUGUUCAACCCAGGGGGGAUACCCACAACCAACGGUCACAUGGACCAUCCAGGACCGUGGGAACCGCACUCUGGACCCGUGGGAAGUACAGACCAAUAUUACCCCGGAUUCUGAAAGUGGACUGUACAGCGUCUGGAGCCAAGUGAAUAUAACAGAAAAUCAGACGGUGACCUGCCAUAUCUUCAACCCCGUUCUGAGAGAGACUGUGAGCAACACAACCAUCGUCAGCCCCAGCAUUAACACAGACCCUGCAGGUGAUGUUCAGGAAGGCUUUACUCCCAUCAUUAUUGCAGUUCCAGUACUGUUCAUUACAGUAGUGAUCAUUACAGUAGUGAUCAUUACAGUACUGAUCAUUCUGUUUUGCUUCGGGGUUUAUUUUGUGUACAAAAAACGUUGUGGAGCCAGUGGUGGAACCAUAAAAGUUGAAGGAAAUAACCAUCAAAGAAAUGCCUGCAGGUAUGUGGUGCGGAGCAUCCUGGCUGCAGUGAGAGAAGCCCACCGCAGCAUGUAGCCAUGCCAAGGAUGAGCUGGGCUGGGCUGGGGCAAGAGGAGGCCUGGAGGUCCUGGAGGAGGACAGGAGGACAGGAGGAGGCCUGGAGGAGGACAGGAGGAGGCCCAGAAGAGAACAGGAGGAGGCCCAGAAGAGGACAGGAGGUGGACAGGAGGUCCUGGAGAAGGACAGGAGGAGGCCUGGAGGAGGACAGGAAGAGGCCUGGAGGAGGACAGGGGGCUCUGGAGGAGGCCUGGAGGUCCCGGUGGGGGACAGAAGGAGGCCCGGAGAAGGACAGGAGGAGGACAGGAGGAGGACCGGAGGAUGACAGGAGGACGCCCGGAGGACGACAGGAGGAAGCCUGAAGGUCCUGGAGGAGGCCGGGAGGACGACAGGAGGAGCUUGUGUGUGUGUGUGUGUGUGUGUGUGUGUGUGUACAGGGUUAUGAGAACGUGUUCUUUUGAUUGCGUUUGUUUGUCUAAGAAAACCUCCCCCUCCAAAAAAAUGAUAACCGUUUAUAACCUCUGUAUAAUGUCAGCCUUCUGGUGGUUUCCCUUCUUUCUGUGCAGCGUAGAAGGAGGAGGAUAUGCAGAAGAACAAACCAGGCCUGAAGGUAGCGGAGUAUGUCUCUAGUGGAUGAUGUUGGAGAGAUGGCUGGAUAGAGAACAGGAGAGAGUGUUGGUCUGACAGAUGAUGUUAGAGAGAUGGCUGGAUAGAGAACAGGAGAGAGUGUUGGUCUGGCGGAUGAUGUUAGAGUGAUGGCUGGAUAGAGAACAGGAGAGAGUGUUGGUCUGGCGGAUGAUGUUAGAGUGAUGGCUGGAUAGAGAACAGGAGAGAGUGUUGGUCUGGCGGAUGAUGUAGGAGAGAUGGCUGGAUAGAGAACAGGAGAGAGUGUUGGUCUGGCGGAUGAUGUAGGAGAGAUG